AUGUCUGAAACGACGACAAAUACGACGAGUGACGAUACAUUAAUACAUGAUUCUCAACUUACGGGAUUUUCAGUAUUUCGAGAAAGUCUUGGUUAUUGUUUUUGUCGAUUAUUUAAAAGAAGUUCGGCAUAUAAUCUAUCUUCAAUUUCAAAACAUAAUGAAGAAGAACUAGUACAACAAUCAAACGAACCACCAUCCUACAUAAAUCAAGCAUUAGAAGGAGAAAAACAAGCAAGAAAAGGUAAAUUGGAGAAAAUAGCAAAAACGUUGCCUGAUACAACACCAAAUAUAACACCAGGAAUAAAAGGAGGCUUAUCAUCAACACAAACUUCACGUUCAACAACAAGAGUAACACAAGCAACACCACUGUCUGGCAUUACUUCAGCUCAAACACGAUCUCAAAUAAAUACACCGAUUUCAAAAACAGGAAUAUCAACUAUUACUAAACCAUCACCAUCAACUGUGAAUACGAAAAAUAAUAGAAAAGAGUCCGAUGAAACAACUGAUUCAAGUGACGAAGAAAGUUCAUCCGAUAAUGAUAAAUCAUCGGAUUCUGAUAAUGCUCGCGCAAAACGACCUCCUAUUAACCAUGUAAAUAAACGACGAUAA